AAGGGUUUCAUUACGUAUUUUCUUUCCAUAUAUUUAAAACAAGCUACCACGUUGCUUAAUACUACUAGCAGGUCAAAAUACUUCAAGCUGAGCAUAUUCACUCAGUUUUGGAUAGUUAAAUACCGUAACAAUUUAACAGAACAUUAGCAUUUAAAAAGAAAUGAAGCAUUACUCCUUGCAAUUAGUGGCCUUUUUUAUGUUUAUAACCACUUUAUCAUCUAUUGGGUUAGCGACGACAGAAAAGAAACCAAAAGGACCUAAAGUUACCGACAUAGUAUAUUUUGAUAUAACAAUUGGUGGAGAACCUAAAGGUAGAAUAGAAAUCGGUCUCUUUGGAAAAACUGUUCCCAAGACAGUGAAAAACUUUGUUGAAACUGCAACAAAACAUUCAACUGAGAAAAGUGAAGAUGGCAAGUUAGUUGGAUAUAAAGGAAGCAUCUUUCAUCGAGUGAUCAAUGACUUCAUGAUCCAAGGAGGAGACUUUACAAACGGAGAUGGUACAGGAGGACGAAGUAUUUAUGGAGAGAGGUUCCCUGAUGAAAAUUUCAAACUGAAACAUUAUGGUGCUGGGUGGUUGUCCAUGGCCAAUGCUGGGAAAGAUACGAAUGGUUCUCAGUUUUUCAUUACCUGUAAGAAAACUUCCUGGUUAGAUGGGAAGCAUGUUGUGUUUGGAAAAGUCAUUAAAGGAAUGAGCGUUGUGCGGAAAAUUGAAUCAACGAAAACAGACAGCAGAGAUAAGCCAGUCAAAGAUGUGGUUAUUGCAGAUUCCGGUACUAUUCCAGUAGAAACACCAUAUUCCGUAGAAAAGGCUGAUGCCAUUGAAUAAACAAUGAAAACCUUUGUUUACCUUUAUAUGAUAUUUAUAUAUAUAUUGAGUUUUUCCAGAAGUUAUCUACAAUAAAGUUUUCAUUUUAUUCUGGAUUUAUACAGUGACACAAAAACCUUUUUUGUAUAUUCCGGUACUUCAGAAUUAAAAAAUUAACUCCAAA